GAACGGGAGAAAGUUCAAAAUCUGCAAAUGUGACAGAAGAAAAGAAAUUGGCAAGGCAAAAUGUGUGGCAUUCCGUAUAUUUCUUUGUUGGCUAUGUGUUACUGCUCAAACUGGGUACGUCAACGUACGCUUUGUAUUAAAAUGUUUCGAUCUCCGCAUUGUAUUUAGUCGGUAUAUAUACGUGUAGUGUAGUACAAAAUUCUUGACCUGUAGGCAGAGGUACAGAGCCAUAGUAAAAGGACUGUCUGAGGUGGUGGGUGGGCUGUUGGGGUUGCCAGCAGACCUUGGACACAGAAUAGAAUCUUAAAGAAGGCUGACUCAGCCAAAAAACCAUAACAACCACGCUAUGUUCCUAGCAAAUGUGCUUGCGAGAGGCAUUCAAGCCCCCCAUCCCCUGAACGUCCAUCCUUUUGAAUAGUUUCAGGGGGGUGAAUGCCUCUCGUAAGUGCACUGGCUGGGAACAUGACGACAGCAUUGCAACAGUUUGAGUUAUGCCAAAAUCAUACAUUUGCAAAAGCAAAAAGCCAGCCUUCUGUAAUGUCUGUAUUUGUGCCUUAGCAUUAGUCAAAAAAUCGGGUCGGCAAACUUGAAACAAAAGUAGGUCGGGAAUAGGUGAGCAAAUUAGCAUUUUAAACUAAUUGUUCCUGUAGUAAUAUUACUGACAUUUCUUAAGGGGGCAUGUCCAUAUUCGAAUUGGGACACCAAACGUUUUUUUCUGAACCCACCACUGUGAAUGCUGAAGAUCACCAAGCAGCGGCAUUGAAUGCUUGAAAACAAUAGUUUUGUGAUAAACAUGGAAUUCGCAAUAAUUUGUAUAAUAAUGUUUAUGACACAUAUCGACGCAGGUUUAAAAACAAGGUAUCAAAAUAACACAGCUCAUUCAAACUCACUAUUUGUUAAUACAGUAAACAAUCGUACUGUGAAAUGAUUAGGCUUGUAAAUAUAUCUUUAAACUUUCAUAAACGAAUAAAUCUUUGGGAUGUACCAUGACUGGUUUCAUGCACUUCUUUUUAGCUGUUUGUGAUGUGAAAACAUGCAAGUUGACUAAAUUACGUUUUCUCAUUUGCAUAAUUCGAUAUAGUCGAUAUUUUUUUUCGAUAUCGAUAUAUCGAUUUUUUUCAAUAUUGCAACUGCCUAGGGAGAGGAGAAAAAUUUUGUUUCUGAUAAUAGUUAGUGUCUGGCUUUUAGCCAGAAGGGCAUCCUGGGACGUCCUUAGAACAAAAAAUGGAUGCCUUUGGACACCCAAAUUCUGGGGGAAAAGGGAAAUUAUUUUCAAUGGUUUCCCUAAGUAUAAUAUAUCUGAAACAAAAUAGCUUCAAUUCUCAUUAUUAUUAUGCAUUUGACAAUUUGAUGGUUUACCUGGCUGAAUGAAAAUGUCGUAGUUAAGUAAAGAAGUGUAGCGGCACAAACUCACAAAGCCAAGUGUGUUUGAAAUUUCAGAUGAGCUUGGAACAGAUACUGACAUGAAGUAACAUAAAUUCAAAGGUUUUCCAGAGGAAUGUUAAUUUUCUCAACCCCCCCCCUUACUGUAGAUGUAUCAUAUUUCAAAAUUGGACGCCUGCUUCAGACCCUAGCUAAAAGCCUGUAGUGUAUUAGGACAUCCAAAGGGUUGGCGGGGUAACGGUUUAACAUCCAAUGUUUUAAUUCUGGCCCAUUUUUCAUGGCAACUUGAACUUUGUCACCCAUUUCAUUGUCAUUGAAAUGCAUUUAUUGUUUAAAAAUUAGGCAAUGCAAAGGCAAGAAUAUUUUGCUCUCAAAUCAUAUCAGAAAAGCACUUAUUGGUUGGCAAAAAUUGCUGACCUAGGUUGGUAUUUGCCUAUUGCUGACCUGAAUUCCAAGGUCAGUCCAUCCAAUAUUGUUAAUACACUACCUCUGUCAGCACAAGUUGUUUCAGUCGGCAAGAUCUGCUACAUCAUCUAGUUAUUGUAAAGCCAUCUAAGAUCAUUUAUGAAAGCAAGAAAGCUGAGAAAACUAGCAAUAUUCUGACUGGAAAUUUUCUGAGCAAACAAAAAAUCUUAGCAAAAUGUAAGCAUGCUACAGUAUGCCUUGAAAAUUGUGAUCUCCAGUGCUCUUUGCAUUUUUAGUGAUAGAUGCAUACAGAUUAAAUUUUAUCUAAACUGAUCAAGUAGUGUGGGAUGUUUUAUUGUUUUUUCUUUGACACCCAGGGGUGGAAAAUCUUUUCUUUCUGGGAACCUGGGUCGAAGGCUAGAAAUUUUCUGCAAAAUUUGCAAUGUUACAAUUACAAAAAUAACAAAACAAAUGCAUAAUUAUUGUAUUAUUUGUACUUUAGUAAUAAUAGGCUUUAGGCUGGUUUUCGUAUGCUCGUACAUCGCAAUAGUUGUCUGUUAUAUACCACAGUUAUGAGUUAUGACCAACUAGUAACUUAGUAAGGAUCUAACGCUUAACCAAGUGUCCUAUCAUCUUAUUUGUUCCAUCACUUUUAUUUGUUUACUAUUUGAUUUGCAUUUUAUUGGAGACUUUGCAGAGCAUAUAUUUACCAUUUUACCUCAUUUUGAUGGCAGGGGUGGGUAAAAGAAUUAAUUUCUGUCAAAUAUUUAAAAGGCUGCUAAUGUUAGCGUGUACAGUGUAAAUAAAGUAGAAUAGUUGUAACUUGUAAGUUGAGUAAACAGAGCUAUCUCAAAAUGUUGAAAUAUUUUCUGGAAAAUUUUCUGCGAAACUCUCAACUCAAAAAAAAUUCUGGGAACUACUGUAGGUUCCCAGGUUCUUCAUUUUCCCAUGCUAUCCAAGCAACGUUGGAUGUCAAUUCCAAAGCAAAUCGCACACCAUGCAUCAAUAAAAACAUGACACAAAAAAAUGCUGUAACAAUAGAAAACAUGCAACAUAACUAGAAAGCAUAUCAAAACCCAAUCUCUCCCACAGUUCAAUGUUGAAAGCAGCCAAGUAUAAAAUUCUCACACAGCCACUCCAACACCCAUUAAAGGUGUAUUUCUAGGGGUCAUCCAUUUAGUAUGUAUGGAUCUUUGCAUAUGUCUAUUAUUUAAAUGAACUCAUUUAAUAUAUUCUUUACAUGCAUGGGGAGGGAAGGGAAUGGGUACAAUUUUUUGUAGUACCUACUGUACUGAAUGGAUGACCAAGAGGUAAAAAAUAUAACAAGAUAUAAAAAACAGUAUAUACUGUAUAUAUAUAUAUAUAUAUAUAUAUAUAUAUAUAUAUAUAUAUAUAUAUAUAUAUAUAUAUAUAUAUAUAUAUAUAUAUAUAUAUAUAUAUAUUCCACAUGCAUGCCUAUUCAAAUGUGCCUAAAACAUUGCACAAUUUGCAGUUAUUAACUAGUUUUAAUAGUUUUUUAUCUUCCAUUAAUUAUGUAGUUCCAAAAGUAAUGAGCCUCAAAUCAUUUAUGUAAACUACUGUGAGAUGGAGACCGGUUAAAGAAAUGGUAUUUAGAAACACUACUUGACAGAAAGAGAGCAAGACAAAAGUAGGAUAUUGUUAUUAUUGAUAUGGAACAACAUACAAGAAUUAUGUAAUAUUGAUUUUAUGGAUAGAGUCUCUUGAAACCAAAUAGAAUGAAACUUCCAUUGAAGAAAUGUGGUGUUCUUGCAGAUUGAUAAAUAUUAAUUGAACUAGUGUACAGAAUACUACAGUACUUCUCUUUACUGUAGAUAGCCGGGAGUGCUAAAGGUUUUUGUAAUGUAGUUCAUGCAUGAAACUAUUGAACUGGUGCAACAAUAUUUUUUAUUUCCUUUAUGCAGUAGCGAAAUACUGGGGUGCUAUUAAGCCGGAUUUACAUUGGCAACAUGUUGCCACUCUUGUUGCUGAACAUAUAGCUUUUUUUUGCUUAAAUUAACGCACAACUACUGUACUGUAGAUUUUUCCAGGUGUAAUGAAGUCAUUAUUAUUUACAGGUUGGUUACACAUGCAGUGUUUACUUAGUAAAUCGGCGAGCAUUCAAGGGCUUUUAGAAACUGAUCUUAUGCAUAAUUCUUAUGCGAAAAUAUGUUGACAUGAUUACUGUCGCAAGUGAAUGUUUGAACUUCUCAACUGUCAUUUAUGGGGGUGUAUAAAACCAUGAUUACACUACAAGGCUUGGCAAGUCAUGGGCCUAGUGUGCAUCUUUCUAAACACCGCACAAAAGGAAGUUCCCCCCUAAGUAUAUUUAUCAUAAGUUCUAAAUAAAUGAUUACCUGAUAAUCACACCUCAGCACGAAUUAGAUCUAUAGUAGUUUGAAGAAUGGGGUCAUUUGUGCUUUAAAGAAUGACUUCCACUGAAUACAAAAAUGCCCAAUUUCAAAAUUAACAAGAAUGACUUUAUUUAAAUUGUUUCAUCAAUGAUUUAAUAAUGGGUGUAACUGACCACACUCCUUGAUAACGUCAUCUCCUCAGAAAGAGAAUGAUGUGGUCUGGGAAUUCGCCAGAUCUCAACCCAAUUGAGCGUCUUUGGGACCAGCAAAAGCGAUCUGUCUGUCGUCGGUUCGAAGAAUACAGCACUCUGGCUGACUUGGCUCAAUUGUUGCAGGAGGAAUGGAAGUCCAUGUCUCAAUAG